AGAAAUACCUCGCGGUCAUUCAAAUUUCCACUUUAUAUUAAUGGUUAAUUAGGAAGCGAUGUUACUAAGAAGCCCCUACAUUUCAAGACGAGUGGUUAGAACCACCCACUCUCUUUACUCCAAGACAAACGGAGGGAAAAUCGAAAGUCACUGUUAACUUCGUGAAAUAACAAUUUUGCAAAUUAGCACUAAGUUCUCACGGAUACACGGAGAACAAAACACGGGGGAUACAAGUGUUACUAAUGUAAUCAGAUAAGAAAUUGUCGCAUGCUAAUGCGUGACCAUGUCUCAAGCAACCCUUUUGGAGGAGAUUAUCCACUGGAGUGAGGAAACAUGUCGACAGGAGCUCAAAUCAGUACUGCCCAAGCUUGUCUCGCAUCUUCACGCUGACAAACAGGAUGAACUUAUACGUGUCUUCAAAAUAAUCACAGAGAUGUUUAUUCCUCACAUGAGCAUGGUAGAGCUUGAGGCUGAGUGUUUCUCUAAGGUCUUGCCCAAGGUUGUAAAGAUGUUUAAUGACUUGGUAGAAGAGAUCUCAAGCCAAGUAGGAGGAAUGUCUAGUCAGAACUCAGAGCUGCGUGCAUUUCUGAGGAACAGUCUGCAGGCUAUGGUCCAAAUUUUGGAAACUCUGUCAGGUUGUGUUCGUCAUGUCUGCUCUUUCAAGGACUCCCUAACUCUGGAGACUGUUCGCUCUUUACCUUUCUGCAUUUUGAAGGUCUUGAAGGACACUUUUCUGCACUGCAAGGAGAGCGAGGUUGUGUAUGGUGGCCGUAUGUCUCUGGUCACUGACCUCCUACAGGCCUUGUUCAAAGAAGCGUACUCUCUCCAGAAGAGUCUGAUAGAGCUGCUGGACAGGAUAGCCUUGGGGAGUGCAGCUUCUGAGCAAGAGGUCUCUGAUAUUUUGGCAGCUAUUCACAGUCUCUUGGAAAUAUGCUCUGUAAUAUCAAACCUGGACAUUGCCUUGCAUGCAAACACAUGGAAGUUUAUAAUUCGGCAAAGUGUGAAGUACCAGGCGCUGCUGGAGGAGCAGCUGCACCACGGUGACAUUGUGUCCUGUCUGUGUGACGACCUGCUGGCCUCCUUCCACACCUGUCUGGAGCUCGCCCAGCAGAUGAAGCAGUCUGGGACGCAGGAAAAUGUACAGUGUCCUGAAUUCAAGUUGUUCCAGAAAACGACAAAGAUGUGUAGGUUUUUUGCCAACACAUUAGUCCACUAUGUAAAGGAAUUCACAGCUUUUCUAGCGAAGUCUUGUGGAUACUUCCACCAUGUCUACCUUCAGAUCUUGAGCAAGCUGCCCCCCAGCCUGUGGUCCCCGCCCAUCUCCAGCGCGCACAGCGGCGAGAUGAGCAGCGUGGUGCUGGUGGCCAUGGACGCCCUCGUUGCCCAGCUGCUGCCCUUCAGGCCUUUUGCCGAAGCCGUGCUGGCGGAGAAGCAGCCAGAUGCAGAGUCUGGUCCGGAGCUCCUGUUCCCUCAUUGCCUCCUGCUGGUGAACAUCACGGGCAAGCUCUCCUCCCAGCCAGAGGAGGUGCUGCGCUUGUGGUGUGAGGGCAGCAGGUUCCCGGAGGACACGCCCAAGCUGUCGGUCUUCCAGGCGCUGUUUCGGAGCUUCCGGGCGUGCUCCGCAGAGCGGGCGGUGCCGGUGCUGGUCCCGGGCGUCAUGACGAACGGACAGGCCCAGAGCCUGGUCUCCCUGCACCAGCAUGUCUGCGUGCAGCUCUCGGCCUUCGCGGCCACGCUGCCGGCGGCCCACUUCCCGCAGCUGGAGCGCACCCUGCUGGAGGUGCUUCUGCAGCCGGACACUCAGACGGCUCUCCUGGCGACUGACGUCUGGUGCUUUAUGGCACGCUACGGAACAGCAGAGCUGUGUCUGCAUCAUGUGGUCCUCGCAGCUCAUCUGAUCAAGGCCUGCCCUGGGGAGUGUUACCAGCGGUCCCACCUGGCCAUGCUGCUGAGGCGGAUGAUGUUCCUCAUGACCCCCCAGCACCAGGCGGAGGUGGCGGAGAGGUUCCCCCCCGGGCUGGCGGAGAACCUGGCGGUGUGGCGGCACGUCCUGCUCCGGGCGCUCUCGCAGGACAUCGGGCGGCGCGUGGAGAGGGACGUCGUGAGCGCGGCGGGCGCUGCGGUGACGGGCUGGCUGGAGACGGGCUGCAGGCUGGGAGAGCUGGAGGCGGUGAAUGUGGCGCUGGCGGCCUCUCUGGCUGUGGUUCGAUGCGAAGCCACAGGGUCAGAGAGCGUGUCCUCUGUCCUGAGAAUGGUCUCUCGCCUUUGGCCUCGCAUGUGUGUUAGCCAGGUGCAGGCUUACCGUCCAGUUCAGUGCACCCUGCGCCUGCUCCUGUCCAUCUCUGCCAUUUUAGUGCAGAGCGUAGAUUCCCACGUCAUCUGCCAGGCUCUGACCUGUCUGAGCUCACUGCUGUCACAGAAGUGCCCAGAUGAUGUUGUGCUGGCAGCCCUGGACUUUCUGUCAUCCCUGGGGAAGUUGUUCAUACCUCCUGAAAUUCAGAGCCAAGUUCUGCCCAAACUCUCCAGCCUGUUCAGUGUCUUGCUGGCCAACGAGUCGUGGAUUCUUCACCAGCACACCCUAGAGGCCUUCUCCCGCUUUGCAGAGGUAACUAAUCAUGAAGAGGUGAUCUCCCAAAGUUUGACAUCAGAACUCUCCAAAAAUGAAGUGGUGAAUUUCCUCAGCAAGAUUGUGCACGUGGACAAAACGGCAAAAGAACGAGUUGAGAGGUUAAAAUCGGAAAAGUCUGUUUUAGAUCGACACAAUGCCAGACUGGAGAAUGAUAGUAUGGAGUCGACAGAUAGUAUGGAGUCGACAGGUGACGUACAGCCAUGUUCAAAACGAUCUCGACAAGAGACCAGUGAAGAGGAAGAGUAUGAAAAGUAUCUCCAGACAGCAGAAAGCUCUCUGAAAACACUGUGCACCUUAACUGAACAAAUUCCGCCACCACAAUGGGUGACGGCCCGGCUCUUGGACCUGCAGGCACUGAUAACCCGAAUCAACACAGCCAGGCCUUUGAAAACUUAGCCCUGCAGCGGCAGCAGCCAGCCACAGUGGCUCUGAACUGUACAUUCACACCCUUGUUUUUAUGUAGUAGUCCUCAAUUGUUUCUUUUCCACAGAACGGUGAUGUGUUCCUUGUGUGUCAAAUUCUGUUUAUAUUGCAAGGGUCAACAUACGGUCACCAAACGAUUGUAUUUUAUAUUUUAUUAAAUUUUGAUAAAUUAAAUUCAUCAUACUUCUUUCGAUUGUGAAAAUUACACCUGUGUAUUCAGUUGUUCUGCCAGCCCAAGUUUGAUAUUAGAAAUAGUCUUGAAUGGAAAUAAAACCUUAAGUG